AUGGCGGACGAUCAAGACAAAAGUGCUCAAAGAGAAGGCGAAAAUAUUCUUAAAAGAAAACGCGAGGAAGCCAAUGAAGGAGAAUCUUCCGGCUCUAAAAAGGAUACAGAAGCCUUAAAGUCCCCUCCAGCAAAGAUUCAGGCGCGAGGUAGCGAAAUCAAGCUUACAUCUCCUCCAGUUGCAGURAGAAGGACRAGCCUAGAACAGGCCAACAAGAAUCUACCUUCUACCAGCGCCAGUUCAAGUCUUGAAGGCAAUCAGACUAAAAACSCAGAAGGMCAGGKAGAUGAUGAGAAAGGAGGAGUCGAGAAAAUGCAACUUCUGGUAUCAUCAUUCUCAGAAGACCAGCUUAACAGAUAUGAGAUGUACAGACGAGCUGCCUUCCCUAAAGCGGCAAUAAAGAGAUUAAUGCAAAGUGUAACUGGUGGAACAUCUAUUCCUCCAAACGUCGUCAUAGCAAUGGCAGGAAUCGCAAAAGUUUUUGUGGGUGAAAUUGUCGAAGAAGCAUGUGACAUCAUGGAAAAGUGGAGYGAAAAAGGGCCUCUUCAGCCCAAGCACUUACGAGAAGCAGUGAGRCGAGCAAAAAAGAAAGGACUGGUACCUAAUAUUCGGUAUAAGAAACAGCUACUACACAGAUAGCCAAUAUUGGGAUCAUGUUUGUUUAGCUACUGAACAUUAUGUGAGGUCGCUGUGGUUGGAGUCCCAGGAGAACUACAAGAAGAACUACAUUGAAACAUUUGUGAAGGAGUUCAGAGAAUUUUUCUGGGAUUCCUGUGAUUGAAGAAGACUGGAAAGAAGACUGUAAGAGUUAUUUACUGCUUUGGGMAAAUUUUACUUGAAAACGCAAGACAUUUGAACAUUAGAAAACAGCYAUGAAAUAUUUGUGAAAAAAUUCCGGGGAGAACAGUGAUCGUGYCUCGUGAUCCGUGUCUUUUAGUGYRCAGUCAUCAAAGACAGCUUAUACAUGUAGAUAACGUACUUAGCAGCAUUGUUCCAGCUAUAUUUUGUUAUUCAAGCUACUUUUAAUCAUGCUACGGUGUUUCUGUGUUGGUAUAAGUCCUCACAAUGAACUUGUGAAAAAGGAGAAUUAGAGGAGGAAGAGACCUGAGGACGAGCCUCAUAACGUCUGCGAAGAUACUACGAAAAAGGUAGCUAGCGAUACGAAAACACUUUUUACUUAUGAAAAGCGRAGUACAUGAUAAAUAAAAACGCAACGAAAAUUAAA